AUGUCCUAUUUGGUUGAUCAUAGAAAUCAACAACAUCAUCAUCAUAAAGAUGAAGAUACAAAUCGUUCUAAUAGUGGAACAUUACUUUCUAAAAUUAGUACUUUAGGAAGAAAAAAGAAAACACCAAAAGAGGGAUAUAAUGAUAUGAGAGAUGGUCAUCAUCAGGAGAGGGAAGAAGAACCACCUCAUGUUGAUCUUUUUGUAGAGGCAAAAGAAGUUAUUGAUUCACCAGCAUUUCUUAAACAACAAGAAUAUGAAUUAGAUGAUGGUGAACAAAGAAGAUUUAUAACUCUUGAAUCAAAAAAUGAUGUUAGAGUAAGAGAAAUUUUUGAUCUCUUAAAAACAUGGCUUAAUCAAGAACUUGCCAGAGAAAGAAUUGUUGUUAGAGAUCUUCAGGAAGAUUUAUAUGAUGGACAAAUUAUUCAAAAAUUAAUUGAAAAGUUAGCCGACAUUAGAAUUGAGGUACCAGAAGUCUGCCAAUCUGAGGAGGGACAAAAACAAAAACUUCAAAUAAUUAUUAAUGAAGUAAAUAGUCAAUUAGGAGGUUUUUCAAAAGAAAUUCGUUGGACAGCCGAAUUAAUACAUAAAAAAGACCUUCUUGCAAUUGUCCAACUUUUAAUUCAAGUAGCACUUUUUUAUCGUGCACCAAUACGUUUUCCAGAAGAUGUACAUGUUCAAAUUUUAGUUGUCCAAAAAGAUAAUGGUCAUUUUAGUAGUGGAUACCAAACAGAACAACUUACAACUCGUCAAAAAGAGUUAGCUCCAAAAGGUGAAAGAGAUGCAUUUGAUACAUUAUUUGAUUAUGGUCCUGAUAAAUUAGCUCAUGUUAAGAGUUCCCUUGUAGCAUUUUGUAAUAGGCAUUUAAAUAAGAUUAAUCUUGAAGUUACUGAUUUAGACUAUCAAUUUCAAGAUGGUGUUUUUCUAAUCUUAUUAAUGGGAUUAUUAGAAGGAUAUUUUGUACCAUUAUAUUCAUUUCAUCUUCAGGUUACAGAUCAUAAAGAUAAAAUUAAAAAUGUAGAAUUUGCAUUUUUCUUAAUGGAAGAAGCUGGAAUGUCAAAACCAAAAUCACGAGCUGCAGAUAUAGUUAAUGGAGAUGUUAAAAGUACAUUAAGAAUUCUUCAUUCUCUUUUUACAAGAUAUAAGCAUGUUUAA